AUGCGUGGCCAGCUGAUUAUUUCUGAUGCUGUCGUCUUUAAAUUUACAAACGUCGUCUGCGGGAGUUACAACCAAUCCUGGUUCGUGUUCCACAACUAUCGUCUGAGGGCCGUCAGUCGAAACAAAGUGCUCCUCAAUAUUAAUGGGACGGUACUACAUCCGGCCAACAAUAUUUCAAUUCAUGUCAGAAUUUUCAAAAAGGCAAACGGCUACAAGCCCUGGCUCGUUGAUAUUUACGUUGAUGGCUGUCAGUAUAUUUUAAAGCGGAAUCAACCUGUUUUGAAUAUAGUCUAUGGGCUCUUCAAACAGUUUAGUAACAUAAACCACUCAUGCCCCUACGUGGGUCCACAGAUUAUCAAAGACUUUUAUCUAAGACCUGAGCUACUGCGUCUUCCCAUGCCAACAGGGGAUUAUUUAUUGGCGCUUCAGUGGUACUUCGAUAAGAAACUACAGUUUGAUACGAACAUUAGUUUUACAUUCGUGGAGGAUCUAAUGAAGAGCAAAUAGUAGGAAUCCACUGAAUACAGAUUCAGUAGAAUCCUGAAGAUUCCUGAAAACAACAGUAGAAAAUGAAUUGUACCGAUUAAUCAAAUAUAUGUACAUAUGGGCUAAUCCGUGA